UCAAGUAGCCAUUUUGAUUUUAAGAGGCGUGAAUCUGCGCUUCAAAGGUUUUGUGUGUAUACGACAAUUUCAAUUCAAUUCAUAAAGCUGAAGAUUAAGAUUGUAGUUUUUCAUUUGUAGCGUAAUUUUAUGCCCGAAUAGGGGCACUUGCUAUUUUUUUGCUAAAAUUGGAGGUUUGGUCUACCAUCAUUGUAAGAAAGACACAUCGAUUCUAAUACCAUGAUUGAGCUCACCGUAAAAACACUUGAUUCUCAGAAUCAUCAAUUCACUGUUGAAGAUGAUAUUACAGUUGAACAAUUCAAAGCUCAGAUUGCAGAACAGGUAAACAUUCCAGCUGCAACUCAGAGAAUAAUAUACUGCGGAAGAGUAUUGCAAGAUGAAGCCAAAUUAUCAGAUUACGACGUGAAUGGCAAAGUAGUGCAUUUAGUCCAAAGAGCACCUCCAAAUGCAACUUCUAGAAAUCGGCCAGAUACUCCACAGCCAGAGGGUGCUAAUCGAGGUAGAGGCGGUUUUGUGGGAUUUGACAGGGUCGGGAAUGCUGUUUAUAUGGGCUCCAUGGACUUGCCAGAUGACUUCAUGGUUAAUUAUGGCCUUUUACCUUCCCGAGCCAGUCAAAGUUUGUCUGCAAGUAGACUCAAUGUUGCCAGAAGAAUGUUACGUAGGGCAGAAGGUGUUAUCCGCCUAUUAGAGAAUCCUAGAUUAACUCCAGAGCAGAAUCAAACAGAUGAGCCACAGGAAGAGGAGAUGACCCCAAUUAUCGAAGCUCGCGUCAUUGUUCCAAACAAUGCCGACCACCCUGUUGAUGAAAAUGCAGUGAUUGAUGCUGUAGAAAAUUCCAUUUUAAAUGUGAAUGCUGACACCACAGGUUUAGAUAGAACUGUUCAUGACAGUAUAGGCAGCAGUGUUGAAAAUAAUAUAGAGUUUGCAAAUAGAGACAACACUUUUAUACCAACUGUUUUCACUUCUACUCCCGUAUCUUCAACAGAAGACCUUGAACCCAGUGGCACUGCUGAAACGAGCCAAACGAGUGGAAGUGCUCCAUCUCAAAAUCUUUCCCCUAAUGCCAGAAGAAAUAGAAAUAACCGCGGUGGUACCAGAUGCAGAGAAAUGGCGGAGCUCAUAACACAGCUUAACCAACUUCAGGCCAGAUUUGCCCCAUUUCUAAGCAGAUAUCAAAGUUUUAUGCAGGAGGACCCUGAAAUUUCACCAGAGAAUUUGAACCAAACGCGCCUGUUGCUGAGGAGGGUAUCCCAAGUCCUGCAUUAUUUCAGCCACGCCUAUCACUUAUUCAGUGACAUCAUGGUUAGUGUUGAGAGUCCCCCACCUAGAUUGCUACGGUGUCAACCUAUUUUGAUUCAACAAUCUGCAGUUGUACAGGCAGGAAUUCCUAUACAGCUUGAGGCUCAAAUAAAUGUCUCGCCGUACAGAGCGAGCAAUGUCACUUCAGCUACACCCAAUGGGCAGCCCGCUCCGACAGCACCUCCAGAAAGUGGAAAUUCCACUGCUGCUCCGAAUCAGAAUGCCCAGCCCCAACCGCCUCAACCUCCACCUACAACCGGCCAGCCAAAUCUGGGAUUUGUCGGCCUUCCUUUUAUGCCUUCUGGCUCGACUAUGCGAGUAAUCACGACGGCACCCAUAGAAAUCAGAACGGUACGAGCUAACGCAGCAAGACAGCGACCGUCAAACAAUGGCGGUUCGACAGCACAACAGACGGCAACUCCCGCAUCUGGCAACAACGAACCUCAGCAGCAAACCCCGCCUCCUCAACAAACGCAACCGCAGCAUCCAUUCGGCGGCAACAACGUAGAAUUUUUCAUGGAAUUAAAUCCAGAUGGGCUGAGGGGAAACGCAAACGGUCCUCCGCAAGAAUUUUUACAAUCCAUCAUGCAGUUGGUUAAUGCUCAAAUGGGCGGGCGUUUAUUCCACGGUAAUGGCCCAGUUCAGCAGCAGCAGCAGCCUCAGACCACUACCACUGACUCCGGCGCGUCUUCCCAGCCAUCUCAAGCCGCCACAGCUGGACAAAAUUCGCAAGCCCGCGGCAAUACACAAACUCAUCCAACGACGGCCACCCACACUAUGUCGACGACAAGGCCGCACAUUCACAUGACGCAGCAAACGGUCCAGGGUGGAUUCGAUCCCUUCCUGCCUUGCUAUUCUCACCAUACGAGACCGUCGAGGGGGGGCUGGCCUCAGCGACCCAACCCAAACCGUCAAGAGACCGCCCCACCCCAGAACACUAAUCCGGGCCCGCAGCAAACUCAACAGACCAAUCGUCCGGAAGCGGCCGCCGCCAACGGAGCGAAUACCCAACAGCAACCGGGUCUUCAGAACAUAAUGGCAAGGAUGGAGGACGUUGUGCGUAGCACCCAAGAUUUUUUGGAAAUGAUGGCGGCCCAUCGGGCAGCUGAAGAGGUCGUUCGCCUCUUCACCGAACCGGGUGGCGCUGGCCGUGCGGAAGAUGGCGCGCAGCGAGAGAGUCAGGCACCAACAGGUACCCCUGCAGCCGGGCAAGGUGAAGCGGCUGCGGCGGCGCCGCCAUUGCCAAACGUGGUGACGUCAUUAUUGGGCGGUUUAGUAAGUGGGAACAUACCAGAUUCUUUAGGAGGAGUCAGUCCGACAUUAGAUCAAUUAUUACAAGUGUUUCACCAGUACGAUUUUGAUACCCAAGAAGACAGUCUCAUUUUGAAUUUAGUCAUGUUACUAAUCAGGAAUUUGCGACUGACUGACUUGAUAGUGAUUAACAGCGGAAACAUGACACCCCUCAACCGAAACAGAAGUUUAAUUCAAGAGUUCUUUGUCAGAGACGUUUGUCAAAAUGACACCAGCGAACAGGGUGUGGAGCGGGCCACUGAGAGAGUAGUAAAUGACUUAAGAAGUGUCGUUAACUCUAUCGGAUCUAUUCAAACGAGUAACAAUAUAAAUUUGACGAGUUCUAUAGAGAAGCUUUUGCGACAUCAUAUACCGUUAGUGAUAAUUUUGGCGAUAAAUUUAACUACUGACGAUGUCCAACCGCUGGUGAAUCAAUUGUGGACUGCAGCAAAACAGUUGCUCAGCCUUGUCCUGAACAGUAGUUCAAAUGGACAACAAGGAGUCGAGACUGUCUUUGAUGAGUUAAUGACACGCACUAUGACCGACAUCCCCGAGGAUAUGAGAAAUUGGACGAUUUCGAAUAGUAGAACUGUAUUACGCACCGUAAUAAACAACUUAAGUGUGCCUGCCUCAGAUGUAGAACAGUUCAUAGUGCGGGAUUCUCCAGUUGUAACUUCAGAAGACCAGCGUCCCGACAGAGUAGAGGCAAUGGAUCUGGAUUACGAAGUUGAAACAAGGGAAUCAAUUCCCGUGGAAGAAGUGGAAACCUUACCGAACGUAGUUUGGGGGUCUGAACCUUGGCACAGGCAAACCCCAGAGGAUUGGGUUCCAAUAAUUACGAGGGACGUCCAGAAACAGAGAAGGCAAAAUUCCCAACCUCCUUUUAGCGAUGCUUAUUUAUCAGGAAUGCCCAGCAAAAGAAGGAAACUGAUUAGCAGCUCAAAACCGUCAGGGAAUCUUUCAGAAGUUAUAACCGAGAGCGUUCGUCAAGCGGUCACGACUACCGGGUUGACAACAGUGGCACCAUUGGAGACCGUGGCCGUAGCUGCGGGAACGUCCACAGAUAUCCAAAACGCUUAUAGAACUUUGCUCCGGAACAGUGUGCAAGCGAAUCUGAGGGAUAACGAGGACUUUACCCCCGAGAGAUUUCCGAACGCGUCAAAUUACUUCAAUGGUACAUUACCAGAGUGAUUUUUAUUUUUCUUUAGAAAUAAUAAUCAAAAUAUAUACUUCAUAAUAA